UCUAUCAUUUCAAUUGUCAACUGUGCUGUAAAAUCACUUUCAUAUUGUAUUGAUGUUUCAUACAUUUGAUCUGAACUUACAACAUGGGGCUGAAGGGGAAAGUGAUCAAUCGCCGGGCCGCAAUGAUCGUGUUCGCAAAGCAUGUGGAGCUAUGUCGACAGAUGAAGGUCAAAUGCGACGGGACCAAUCCCUGCAAGCAUUGCUCUCAUUCUUUCAGGAGCUUCUCAAGCCUCGGGAACCAGUGCAUCUAUUGCGUUACACAUCGGAAAAGACACGCCGACCCGGACCACAGAACCUUCGCCAGACCAGGCAAAAAGCCGAGCUUACAGAAGAGCUCGAACCAUGUCGAUGACUCGGAUGCAGACGUUUCGCAGCUUGCUGCUUGUCAGCCAGAAACGCCGGAAGUCAUGCAUGAAGUCGAUAGAGAAGAGGGCCGGCUGGAAGCACGACACCAUGGGUCUUCCGGAGAGCGGUCUUUUAUAGAACGACUGAAGCUAGAACUCGGAGACUCCCCAGGCAUCGGCUUUGAAAGCAGAUUGCGCGUGAAAGAGCGACUGGCUCCCAGGCUGUUUCUGCUAGGAGCCCCAAAUUGCUUAUCGAGGACUUCUGCGCCUCUCCCACAGCGCGAAAGGGCACAGAUCCUAGUCAACCAGGCUUUGGAUGCGCACUUAGUCUACAAUGCUCUGCAUCGUCCCACAUUCACUUCUGUCUUUCAGCUGUUGUACUCUCCCGAUAGAGAAGACUACGGAGAGACAGAGAUUAACCACUUUCCCCUCAUCUACUCGCUGAUGGCGGUAGGCUGCCUAUUUGAGAAACACAACGAACAUCACCCCGCGGAGCCAUUAGGGGGCUCGCUUGCUGAAGGCUGUUACUUCGAAACCUGCCGCGAUAUGGUUGACCUCGAAGCUUGUGAUAAUCUUUUUGCCAUGCAGGCCAUUUUUUUCAUGAAUAUCUUUCUCAUCAGCACAUGUAGAUUAUCUCGGUGCUACACGUAUGUUUCUCAUAUGCUUUCCUUGGCUUUUCGCAUGGGCCUGCACCGUCCCAGUAAGACAGAUAGUCCGGUCGUUGUCGAGACCAAACGAUCUCUUUUCUGGGCUAUAUGGCAACUUUUGGUCACUUUAGCUUCCAUGUGCGGCCUCCCAAAGCCUGUACCUGCUGAUGAGAUAGGGAUGGAUUAUUCCGAGGCUAUAGCCGUUAGUGUUCAGCCAGAUCAAGAAAGUGUAGGGGCUAAGCAGAGCGUUCAGGUCCCAGAAACGAUACCGAUUGUGAGGAGCCUGUAUCCUCCAAGCACUAUGCAGCAUCGGGAUGCGAGCGAGUUAUUGAAGCACUUUGUCACCAAGGAUACCGUUUUCAAAUUCGAGGACGAGCUACGGAGAUGGGCCAAGCACCUUGCAAUUCUUCGCAAAGCCAUCAACUGUACGAAAACGCUCACAAGCUACAGGGCGGAGUACGAACUCUGCAUGACCUUUGCUCAUACUCAAAUCUACCUAUACCGACCGUUCAUGCACUACCUACUUCAAAGUCACAACAUACAGCAAGAAGGCCGAAAUCAUGCACUGGCCGGGAUUCGUGCAAGCUAUAAUAUCAUCCGUCUCGCGCAGGAUAUGCACCGCCAUGGUCUUCUAUUUGGAUCGCAGUGGCGAGUGGCACAUAUGAUCUCGACAUCUGCACUCACACUUCUGUACGUUCUUCUUAUCGAUAAGACCUCUAAAAUGGUGCGAUAUCUUGAGGCCGAGCUGGAUAUAGCCAGGGCCAUGCUCAUCACUCUUCGACCUUAUUGUAUCCACUCGCAACGUACGCACAUCGCCUUGACGGUAUGCUAUGUUCUAUGA